AUUUGUAAGGUUUGCUAAAACAGUGAAAUACUUUCAAACAGUUAAUCCUUUCUCACCAACAAACAGUCUACACCUAUAAUACGUAUAAAACGUAUAAAGUGUUAUAACGUGUUAUAACGUGUUAUAACACUUGUUUUCAAAUAUUAAUUUAAUUAUUCGACAAUAUAUAUUAUACAAUAUGGAAAAUUCUUUCAAUACUACUAUUGAUUCUUCAAACAAACAAACAUUGGAAGACGAAGAUCUCUUUAUAGGUUAUAAGAACUGGGAUCGAUUAGUCGCAGCUGCUUCUACUAUAGGUUACAAAGAAGGCAUAGAAGAUGGACAAGAAUCGGUGUUUCAAGAAGGAUUUGACAUGGGUUAUAAAGAUGCUUUUAAUAACGCAUUUAAGUUAGGAAAAUAUAAAGGUCUAACUAGUUCUAUAGAAGAAAAUCUUCAACUACCCUCGGUUGUAAAAACUAUACUAAGUGAAACUAAGAAAGGCAUAUGUUAUAUAUGUAAUGAAGAAUCUUUAAGUAAAAAUGUUGAUGGACAGAUAGAAGAUGAUCUAUUUGUGGAUAUUGUAGAAAAGCAAAAAACACAUUCUAAGAAGGUUAUUGAAAUAUUAAAUCAAAAUCUUGAAUCUGUCUUGAUAAAAAAUAAUAUUGAUAUUCAUGGUUCAGCUUUGGAUACAUAAUGAUAUGUGUAUAUAUGUUAU